CGUCUGGAUGGAAGCCACGCAAACUUAAGUAUUCGGUUUUGCUAUUAGAAAUCUGAAGUAAUGGAGUAUUUUAAAAGUGGCUUAAAAUCUGUUUUAGGGACACCACAGGAUUCUCAACAGCCAACAGUCGCUGAAACGGUGGAGAAACUUGUUGAUAGGGUUCAGACAUCCACGCUGCUUGAUGAUCGAAGAGAUGCAUGUAGAGCUCUUAAAGCUCUUUCCAAUAAAUUUCGUUUGGAAAUUGGGGCUCAAGCGAUGGAUGCACUCAUUAGAGUUUUAGAAUGCGACAGAUCUGAUAAUGAAAUCCUAGGAUAUGCUUUAGAAGCCAUAUGUAAUGUUGUAAAUGGUCCAAGAGAUGAUGAAAGUGCUGAUUAUGUACCAGGAGCUGAAGAUAACCUUGGGUUACAGUUUACUGAAAUAUUUAUUAAAAAACCAGAAAAUGUUACUUUGCUUUUGGAAUUAAUUGAGGAAUAUGAUUUCAAAGUACGCUGGCCCAUUGUUCGUCUUCUGAGUGGCCUACUGAGUCAUAAACCAAAAGAUUUACAGGAAUGCAUUCUGGUCAGUCCAAUGGGUGUGUCACGGCUCAUGGAUUUGCUGUCUGAUACCAGAGAGAUUAUUAGAAAUGAUACUUUAUUGUUACUGGAGCAUUUGACUAAAAGUAAUGCCAAUAUUCAGAAAAUUGUGGCAUUUGAGAAUGGUUUUGAUAAACUUCUUAACAUUGUAUCUGAAGAAGGUUUCAGUGAUGGAGGGGUAAUCGUUGGAGAUUGCUUACGGGUAAUGUUAACCUUAUUAAAAAACAACACAUCAAAUCAAACAUUUUUUAAAGAAGGUUCGUACAUUAAACAUUUAGCACCAUUUUUUGAUCUGCAAGAGUCAUAUGAAAGAGGCUGGAACCAGCAGAAGGCAGUAAAUACUUUAACUAUGCUACAGAUAAUUAGAGUUUUGGUAUCACCUAACAAUCCUCAGCAGGUAACAAUGGCUGCUCAGAAAGCUAUGUUUCAAUUUGGGUUGUUGGAACAGUUAUCUUCCAUUUUGAUGGCUACUGGAGUUCCUGCAGAUGUUUUAACAGAGGCAAUAAAUACGGUUGCUGAAAUAAUACGAGGCAAUCAUAGUAAUCAAGAGUAUUUUUCAACGGUAUGUGCCCCUACGACACCUCCUCAGCCUGCUAUUGUAGUGUUACUAAUGUGCAUGAUAAAUGAGAAACAGCCUUUCAGCCUGCGAUGCUCAGUACUCUAUUGUUUCCAGUGUUUUUUGUAUAGGAAUGAAUUGGGCCAAGCUCAAAUCGUACAGACAUUAUUACCUUCAACAGCUGAUAUAAGUACAUUUACUGUUGGCCAGUUACUGUGUAGUGGCUUAUUCAGCACAGAUACUUUGUCCAAUUGGUUUGCAACAGUUGCCUUAUCCCACACACUUGUGGAUAAUCCUACACAGAAAGAACAGCUUUUGCGAGUACAGUUGGCAACCAGCAUGGGAAAUCCUGCCAUUUCACUCAUUAAUCAGUGUUCUGUUAUGUUACAGCAGGGUGCUAAAUUACAGACUAGGUUAGGCCUUCUGAUGUUAAUGAGUACUUGGCUUGCCAAUUGCACAAUAGCUGUGAUGCGUUUCCUAAGCAUACCAACAAAUAUUCCAUUUCUUACCUCUCAAGUGAAUUUAGCAGAAGGUGAUGAGCAUGAAGAUCUUGUUCAAGGGAUAUGUGCUUUUCUUCUGGGUAUUUGCAUAGAAUUUAACGAUAAUUCUCAACCUGGCUUUACAAAAGAUGACUUGUGCCAAUUAAUUGUAAAGCGUAUUGGUUUAGAGACAUUUCUGGACAAGCUUGUAGCUGUUACAAAGAAUGAAAGCUACAGCCGAGCUGCCCAAAACCCUCAUCUUAAAUUUAAACAACCAUCUGAAGUGUUAUUUGACUAUGAAUUUUGUCGUCUGUUUAAGUCUUUAGAAGGAAUAAUUAUCAAAGCAGUUCAGCCUAAGCCCAAACUCCUCAAUGGGCCAGAAUCUUCUAUGACGCCUGAACAGCAGGAAUUACUUAGGCAAUAUAAAGACCUCAUUAGAGAACAGGACCAGCAACUGCAUGAAUUGAAAAGUCAGAUUGCUGAAUUGAAGUCAGAGUAUGAAUUAUCAAAAACACAAGUUGAAGAUAUGACGAGUACUAUACAGCAGCUGAAAGAUCAAAAUGCUUUAUUGAAAGCACAGCGAUCUGUUUCUGGUAAUACAUCUAGUCAUGAAGUUCUACAAUUAAAGCAAGAAAUUGAGCAGCUGAAAAUUGAAUGUAACAAUAAACAACAGGAACUUGAUGCAAGAAGUGCAAAACAAAGUCAAAAACAGGAUGAUGCAAUGAACCAAUUUCCAGAAUGUGGGGAUUCACACGUUACUGUUGGUAGUGAAAGCAGUCAACUUGUGCAAGAUCUACAGCAAGAAAUAGAAACGAAAGAUAAAAUAAUAAAGAAAUUAGAAGAAGAAAUUAAGGAAAGCAAAGAGUUAAUUGAAUCUAAGAAAGUAUCACAAAUGAAUCUUCAAAGUCUCCAAGAAGAAAAAAAUAGCUUGGAAGAACAGCUAAAUAUCAUUAAGAAAGAGCAGGAAGAUAUGCUAAUGUUAGUUACUGAACAAAGUGACAAAAUAUGGGAACUAAAAAAGAAGUUAAAAGAGCUAGGUGUUGAAGUUCAAGAUGAUGAUGAUUCAGUAAAUGAAGAUCCUGAUGAAUUUGGUGAUGACUUGAGUGAUAAAGAACUAAAUGACAUCAAAGAUGAAGUAGAGGAUUCUAAAUCUGAUUGAUAUAAUUUGUUCAAAUUACAGAAGGUGUAAUAAAGGACCAACAGUGAAACUUGUUUUGUAUUUGCAACUAUAAAAAAAGACAAAAAAGGAACAUUUUUAUCUGAAUUUACCAGUUUCUUUUGGGAAGUAUAUGCUGUUUUAUAAUAAACAAGACAAAAUGAUGAAGAGAUGGGACAAAUAUGAGGUACCCACAGUAAAAUUUUUUAUUGUAAAUACGAAGAAGAUAUCAACAAGACUGUUUCCUUCAUUAGUUUUUCAAUAAACAUCUCUGUUAUUUUCACAAUCAUUGUAUUGUUUCACAAUCUUCUAAAGUUAAAAUUCAGAUGGAAAAGUAACUUUUUUCUUCUUUUUACAUAUGUGGUUAUUAAAAGCUUAAAAAUAAGAAAAUAAUUUAACUUUUUUUUAAGAAGAGGGGUGGGAAAUAAGAUGAUAAACUGUGCGUAAUCUUUAAUUUUUGAAAAAUUAAAUUGGAGAACUAUUAAUGUAAAGAUUAAAAUAAUUUUAUUUUGGUGUUCUAAGCUUUAAUUUUUUUUAAUUGAAUGAAACAAAUUUAAGAUAUAUAUAUAUUAUGAAUGAGAAGGAAUUAUGAAAAUUCAUAUUUAUUCGCAACUGUGUCGAGUGUAAACGUUAUGUGAAAGAACAGCCUUUAAAAAUUUCUUUUACUGAAAAUUCAUUUAUCUUAAAUUCAUGUAAAAAAAAUAUGACCAAUUUUAUAUAAAAUUUAUUCAAUUCUGCAUGCAUUAUUUUUUGACAUUAUGACUUUUUCAAGUUAUGCAUACACAGUAUGAAGUCCAAGGUCCUAAAUGAUUGGGAUUUUGGAGAAUCCGAAUUUUAAUCAUUGAUUUAAAUCAAGUGAGAUAACAUGUAGACAUGACAACAUUGGCACUUAUUAUUUAAGUCAGAUUAAAAUAAAUAAAUAAAUAAUUAAAAUAAAUAAAUAAAUAAUUAAAUAAAUAAAAUAAAUAAAUAAAUAAAUAAAUAAAGGCGAAUUAUCCACAAUCAUUCGAGGGACAAAAAUGUCAUCUUUGCCAGCAUCAAUCAAUAUUGUAACAGGCACCAUGCAAAUACCUAGGCAGCAGAUGUUUGAAAGACAUAUGCAAUAAUUUUAAUUAUGUCAGAAUAAAAAUAACAUUUAUGGCACACCUACUUCCUUUUGUUGAAUAUUAUAUUCUCCAUUUUGAAACUUUGUGGCAACCUCUUUUUUUUUCCCCCUGAAGACAUUUUGUACAUCUAGAUUUUGAACAUUGUAAUGUAUAUAUUCAAACCGUAGUUAAAUUUAAUUCAAAUAAAAAUCUGUGUUUUUCCUAAAAUUAUAGUUUAUGUAUGGAAGUUUAUUCUUUUGUGCUUUAGUAAAUAUUUUAUUAAUGUUUUUAACAUCUUACCACAGUUUCCCAACUUGGGCACUGAAGAGAUCUGAUGGGAUAUUGCUAGUUGUAGAAUGAGUAGUGAAGAAAUAAUGAGGAAAUGUUUGUACGAUAAGAAUAUGUUCAAAACAUUUAUUUGCCUAAACAUUUUUAAAGAAAUACUUAAAAUAUUCACAUGAUUAUAUAAACAGUAUCAUUUGUGCCAUUGGCACAGAUUUUAAAUAAAAUAUAUUUUUAUUAUUCCAUGGCAAUGUUAGUUAUAACUUGGCAAUCUAAGGCGCAUAUCACACUGCGUUUGUUUCACAUGAACAGCUGUUUCGGACAAUUUUUCUGCCUGGUUUACUAUUGAAAGAAAGACUUCCUUUUAAAAAAAAACUGCAAGUUGUUUGUUUUCAACCAAUCAGCAAUCAGCUUCAAAUACUAUCAGCUUGUUUGUAAUGGGGAACCAGUUUUCCCUGUGUUAACCCCAAAGCGAUCUAUGGUGAUUGGCUGUUGUGACAAAGCAGAAAAAUUGUUCCAAAACAAACCAAAGUGUAAUAGCAGCCUAAUGUUCUAGAAACAGGACCAUAGAUCUGUAGUUGCAGUGACAACUAAUACUUGCAAACAGCAAAAUCUUUCAGCACACUGUGAUUGCAAGUUCAAUGGCAGGAAUUUGUGCAUGUUUUGUUAGGUACUAGGUUUAAGUAUGUGAGAGAUCUGCAUCGCUAACAUUCUCUUUUCAGAAUUCAUGAGUUGUUUCAGUAGCUUGAUGUAGUACAAUUUCAGUAGGUACUUAAAAAUUCACGCUCAAAAGAUAUGUAACAUAUAUCUUCUGUUGAUAUAUAUCAGAUAUCUUUUGAAAAAAAAUUGGUGCUUCUCUAUUAAUGGGAAAUUACUUGAUGCCAAACUUAAAAUGUUAGCAUAAAAUCUAAGUAAAGACAAGAGUUGCUACCUCAACAAUAUAUACAACUAAAUAAAUAAUUGCUAUUUUGUUAAAUACAAGAAACUAGUGCAUGUAAUUAUUCCAUUCAACAGCUGUACAGUAAAUCAUUCAUAAUUACAGUUUAGAGAUAUGUGAGUUCUUGACACCAGAAUUAAAUAAAUAGAAUAAUUGCUUGUAAAGAAAUGCAUGACCUUUGAACCAAGUUUGUAAAUGUUUCUUCCUAUGGCAUGAUCUUUCGUUGCAGUGCCAUUUUGGUGCUUCAGUAGUAGUAAAAUACAGUUCCAUUUUGUGGUUUUCUAAAUUAAAUCUUUCUAUUUGGAGGGCAUUUUGUUUUUAAAAUAAUUUCAUCAUGAUUGUGUGUUAUUUGGCUGUUGUAAAUCAUGCAAUCAUGAUGCUUUCUUUAAAAGAAAUGCUGCUGAAAAUCUCUGAGGUGGAAAAUUAUUAGAUCAGUGUUUAUUCGUCCCUCUUAUUCU